AUGGUUUAUACCGGCAAGCCGAGCAGGGGCUGUGGCAUGUGCAAGAGCCGCAGGAUCAAGUGCGAUGAGAAACGUCCGACAUGUGGCCAAUGCCAGAAGAGCGGAAGGGCGUGUCCCGGCUACCCGGACGAGUUUGAUCUCGUGUUCAGGGAUGAGAAUAAGGCGAUGGAGCGCAAGGCGAGGAAGGGAUCCGGGCAUUCGUCGAAGGCUGGAGGUUCGCAAGGUUCGCCUUCUAGGUGCGUUCCGUUCCUCUUUUCGCCAAAUGCAACCUUCGAGCUUUCCCGCUCGACUAGUCCCUACGAAGCUGGAAGCUCGAUCUUCGAAGGCUCCCUAGACCAAAGUGGCCAACUAGUAGUAAUCCCACCAUACACCACGCCUCCGGGACAAGUCACCUUCCAAGACUUCAUGUGGCAUCUUGAGAACCCCGUUCCGCCGAGCCUCACCCUGGCUCCCGAGUUCGAAGCCGUACCUUUCUUCUUCCGGAACUUCGUCUCCUUACCUCAGCAAGCGGAAAGCAUGCGGGGAUAUCUAGAACUCCUCGUGCCGCUAUACAACCAGGCGCGCCCCUCUUCUGCUCUACACCUUGCCACGAACGCCGUUGCUCUUGCGGCCUGCGGAAACUAUCCCGGCAGACAAGAUCUGCUCAGGGAAGCUGCAACUACGUACGGCAAGGCCCUGCGAAAGCUCAAUGAAGAUCUUAAAGAUCCUGCAUUGUCCAAAUCGGACGAGAGCGUUCUUGCUACCCUUCUCUUCUCCUUGUAUGAAACUAUAAUGUCGACUGGUGAUACGAUCACGGCAUGGGGUAACCAUGUCGACGGAGCCGUGGCGUUGACGAAGAUGAGAGGUACGGAUCAGUUCAAAGAUCCCAUGUCUCACGCCGUUUUCCGAGCUGUGCGGACAAUGAUGAUCACGAGCUGUGUGCAACGGUCUAAACCGAUAGAGUCCUUUCCCGGGACGAAGGGCUGGAUAGCGAACGACAUCAACGAAGAAAACGCCGCCAACCGUCUCACGCUAAUCUGCAUCGACCUACCCAACAUCCGCGCACGAGCGAAGGACCUUACGAGUUCGCCAUACGAUGCCAGCCAGGAGGCCGAGGCCAUCAAUGUGCUGGAGUUCGCACAGAUGGUAGACGAGAACCUUCAGCAGUGGUACCAGACGCUGCCACCGGAAUGGCAUUACCGCACCAUCGGCCUAUUCAACGAGCCUAUUGAGGACCUUUCCACAGCAGAGCAUUGGCCAGGCGAGCAGCAUGCCUAUCACGACGUACCGCUUGCCAGCAUCGUCAAUGAUUAUCGUGUAUGCCGCAUCUUCUGCCAGAGAGUGAUCAUGGCCUGCAUAGCGUGGUUGAGAUGCGGCGGCAAUUAUGAUGGCUCCCAACCCUAUGACAGAGCCGUCUUCGUCAUCCAGCAGAUGGUCGACGAGAUCUCCGCUUGCGUACCCUUCCAUCUGAACUACGAUAUGCAGCCCAUGGCGAAGGAACUAGGGCAGGAGAGGAACGCUGCUGAAGCCUUCGGCGGGUACUCCCUCGUCUGGCCACUCUAUGUUUCCGCAAACGCCGAAACGGUGCCGCAGCGGCAGCGAGAAUGGCUCUCCGGGAGAUUGUUCCUCAUCGGUAGCAAAUUUGGGCUUACGAGCGCCCAGGUGCUCGUUUUGGCAAGAAGGCACGUGCUUACUUGCGGACCUAUGUUUCCUUAG